UGUUGCCCGGGCAGCAUGGCUCGAAAGCGCGCAGCUGGCGGGGGCCCGCGGGGACGCGGGCUGCGGGGCCAGAAAGCCAAAGGGAAGAGCGUGGCCCGGCGUGAGGAGAAGGAGGCGGAUGUCUUUGAAGAAGAGAAACCCCCAAAGAAGAGCCUGCUCUCAAAAGUUGCACGAGGAACGAGGAAGAGAGGCUGCAGUGAUCCUGGGGGCUCAGCAGAUGGCCCAGCAAAAAAGAAAGUGGCCACGGUGGCUGUUAAACCUGAAGACCUCAGGACUGCAAAGGAGGAAGCCCUCAGUGAUGAGGGAGAUUUCAGGGACUUUGCAAGUGCCCACAAGAAGGCACACCAUCCAAAGAAAGAGGCUACCAUGGGCAAAGGCAGCCACAAAGGAGACGACGAGGAAGAAAGUGAAGAUGAUUGGGAAGAGGUAGAAGAACUUAGUGAGCCUGUGCCAGGGGCCAUAGGAGGAAAUGCAGCCUUCUCUAAGUCUGUUCUGCCUGUGGAGCCAGUGGAGAUAGAGAUUGAAACACCGGAGCAGGCAAAAGCAAGAGAAAGAAGUGAAAAGAUAAAAAUGGAGUUUGAGACAUAUCUUCGGAGGAUGAUGAAACGUUUCAAUAAAGAAGUUCGUGAAGACACACACAAAGUUCACCUUCUGUGCCUGCUAGCAAAUGGCUUCUAUCGAAAUAGCAUCUGCAACCAGCCAGAUCUGCGGGCUAUUGGCCUCUCCAUCAUCCCGACCCGCUUUACCAAAAUGCCUCCUCAAGACGUGGAUAUCUGCUACCUGUCAAACCUGAUGAAAUGGUUCAUUGGAACAUUUACAGUUAAUGCAGACCUUUCAACCAGUGAGCGAGAUGGCCUACAGACUACGUUGGAAAGGAGAUUUGCUAUUUACUCUGCGAGAGAUGAUGAAGAAUUGGUGCACAUAUUUUUACUGAUUCUCCGGGCCCUGCAGCUCCCUACCCGACUGGUAUUGUCUCUACAGCCUAUUCCUCUGAAGUUAUCAGCAGCAAAGGGAAAGAAACCUUCCAAGGAAAGAUCCACAGAGGGUCCUGGAGGCUCCUCAGAAACUUCUAGCCAAGUUCCAGAAAACCAAACCAAACCUAAGACCAGCAGAGGAACCAGACAAGAGGAAGCCUCUUCUAAGGGCACUAGCAAUCCAAGUGCCAAAGGGAAGAGGAGCAAGGCAGCAGCAGUUGGAAAGACACGGAGGGAGCCCUCCUCCAGUGGGGAAGAAGAGGGCAAGGCGGGGCAGCGGGAGGAGCAGACCCCGAGACGUCUGCGUGGCCGGGUGCGGCAGGUGGCCUCCAGGGUGUCUUACAAAGAGGAGAGUGGGAGUGACAAGGCUGGCAGUGGCUCUGACUUUGAGCUCUCCAGUGGGGAAGCCCAGCGUUCGUCUGAAGAGGAUUCUGAGCCUGGUCUUCCGAGGAAGAGGAGGGCCCUGGCCCCUCAGAGGGCAAAGACAGACUCCAGGAGUAACUCUAGGACCCAACGUGGAAGCCACCCUAAGCACCCUGGCUUUCCAGCAGCAUCCUCAGGCUCUUCAAGCAGUAAGAGUAAGAGAGGCACGAAAAUUCACAGUGAAGGUGAGGAGGCAGAAGGAGGGAAAACAGCUGGUGUAGACCAGUGGCUGGAAGUGUUCUGUGAGCAGGAGGAAAAGUGGACGUGUGUGGACUGUGUGCACGGUGUGGUGGGCCAGCCGCUGACCUGUUACAGAUACGCCACCAAACCCAUGACUUACGUCGUGGGCAUCGACAGUGAUGGCUGGGUCCGGGAUGUCACCCAGAGGUACGACCCAGCCUGGAUGACGGUGACCCGCAAGUACCGGGUUGAUGCCCAGUGGUGGGCCGGAACCUUGAGACCAUACCAGAGCCCGUGCGCGGAAAGGGAAAAGAAAGAAGACUUGGAGUUUCAGGCAAAGCACCUGGACCAGCCUUUGCCCACUGCCAUUGGCACGUAUAAGAACCACCCUCUGUAUGCCCUCAAGAGGCACCUCCUGAAAUUCGAGGCCAUCUAUCCUGAAACAGCUGCCAUCCUUGGGUAUUGUCGUGGAGAAGCUGUCUACUCCAGGGACUGCGUGCACACCCUGCACUCCAGGGACACGUGGCUGAAACAAGCAAGAGUGGUGAGGCUUGGAGAAGUACCCUACAAGAUGGUGAAAGGCUUUUCCAACCGGGCCCGGAAAGCCCGCCUCGCUGAGCCCCAGCUGCACGACCAAAAUGACCUGGGCCUGUUUGGCCAGUGGCAGACAGAGGAGUACCAGCCGCCUGUGGCCGUGGACGGGAAGGUCCCCCGGAAUGAAUUUGGGAACGUGUACCUCUUCCUGCCCAGCAUGAUGCCAGUUGGGUGUGUCCAACUGCACCUGCCCAACCUGCACCGUGUGGCCCGCAAGCUGGACAUCGACUGCGUCCAGGCCGUCACUGGCUUCGAUUUCCAUGGAGGCUACUGCCAUCCCGUAACUGACGGGUACAUAGUCUGCGAGGAAUACAAAGACGUGCUCUUGGCCGCCUGGGAAAAAGAGCAGGCGGUCAUCGAAAAGAAGGAGAAGGAGAAAAAGGAGAAGCGGGCUUUGGGAAACUGGAAGCUGCUGGUGAGAGGACUGCUCAUCAGGGAGAGGCUGAGGCUUCGCUACGGGGCCAAGUGUGAGGCAGCAGCUCCCCAUGCAGGUGCAGGAGGUGGGCUCUCUUCUGACGAAGAGGAGGGGACCAGCUCUCAAGCAGAAGCAGCCAGGAUCCUGGCUGCCUCCUGGCCCCAAAACCGAGAGGUUGAAGAAGAGCAGAAGCCGAGGUGCCCUAAGAAGACCAAAAGGGGAAAGAAGGAGGCGGCUUCCCACCUGUUCCCAUUUGAGAGGCUGUGAUGUGAGUGGCCACCUCGUCAUAAGCUGUGCUGUGCAGGCCCCCCACCUCCCCCGGGGGAUGCCUACGCCUUGGGGGCGGUGACUUCUCUGAGAAGGCACAGAAGCAGCGUGUGCUGCAGACGGGGGCCGGGGCUGGAGGUCUUGUCACGUUCACCCAGGGAGGGCUUUCAAAGCUGCUUGCUACCACACACUAUGCUUUGAGCUAGGGAACACUUCCCCGGAGACCUCUGCCACUAAGACCUUGUUCUUCUCAUCUCUGGAGACACGAGUCAGUUCUUUUAUAGAAACCGCUGGGAAUUUGGGGAUGAUGGUGCAUUUAGGAAUGAGUCAGU